AACCAUACCUAUGCCAUAUCUGAAGCCACCUAGCUGAUGCUGUGGCGCUAUGGCAGGCUUCUGCAUCCCGUGAGAACAUCUUCAUGGCCGAGUCGUCUGUUCUCCACGGGCGGGAUCGUCGGACAGGAGCAGCCGGUACUGGUAAGAAAGAGAGGGCGUCCGAGGAAAGAUGAGCAGACGCGAGAGGUCGUGAAUGUUGCAGAGAUAUCUCAGGCUUCCAUCGACAUGCCCAAAGCCCCAGCAUUCGAAUUAGCGCUCGCAAAGGCGAAGUCCAAGCGGCGUGUCUUCAAUCCCGACAAAAUGCCUCCUCGUGUGCUUCCACGGCCUUCCAAACACAACGAUCUCGCUUCCUACGUCAAGUACGCCAGCAACGUCAACCUUGAUUUAAAAAGCAACGUAUACAAAGGCACGCUCUACGAAUACACCGUGGCAUCCGUUCUGCAGUCCUACAAUUUCGCACUUGAACGCGUGGGCCAGGCCAACGACAAAGGCAUCGAUCUCCGCGGCUACUGGUAUCUACCCAGCCCUUCAAAACUCCGCCCAAACAUACUGCCCAUCAUUGUUCAGUGCAAGGCGUUUGCACCGCGCCCUGCGAUGAUUCGAGAGUUGGAGGGGUCUUACGUGGGUGCUCCAGCUGGCUGGAGAGAUGAUGGCGUACUGGCAUUGCUGGUGUCGAGCGAGACCAGUACGAAAGGGGUAAACUUAGCCUUGCAGCGAAGCUCAUUGCCUAUGGGUUUGAUGCAGGUCACGCCUCAGGGACAACUGCGCCAGUUCGUGUGGAACCUGGCAGCGGCAAGGGCUGGCAUGGAAGGGCUGGGCGUUGUUCUGAAGUAUGGCGAGGAUAACGCUCGAGACGGAGAGAUAGCCAAGGGCCGCGUCCUGCUUACUUGGAUGGGCAGCGUGUGGCGGACUGGAGACGUGGGAGGUUGAGACAUCGCC